AUGGAAAACGACUAAAACUUAUUCUUAUAUUCUUCUGAAAAACUUUCAGAUUCUUCACUACCAAUUCUUAACUUUCUGUAGAAAAACGAUAUCAAAAAUUUUCAAUUGUCAAAAGAUGUAUCUAAAGUACAAAAUACUCUAAAAUAAUAUAAGGAACUCUAGAUAGAUGUCAUAGGGACUAAAAUAGUUGACAAUAAAUUCACUCUUUAUGAAAUAAAAUUAUAAAGAGGGAAUGUUUAUUGGGUAUUUUAGACUAGAUAUAGUCUAUUGAAAGCUUUAGAUGACAGGCUUUCAAAAAACUUUAAAUUGAAAGUACAAAAAUUUCCUGAAUCAAAAGUGUUUGGUAAUCUUGAAUAAGAAUUUAUUUCAAGAAGAGCUAAACAACUUAAUAUUUAUUUAAAAGUAGUUAUUAUAAUAAUUUUUAGUCAUUGAUAAAGUAUUGCAAUCAAGAAAAAACAAUUUAAAAUUUUUUAAAGGAAUCAUAAGAAGCUGCAAUAGUUAUUUAUGAUCCAGAUGAAAUUGAUUAUUUUAGAUUAGAUGCAUGA